AACAAAGUCACAUGACAGGCUCUCUCAAUCUCAUGUGAUCACAAUCACAGUAUUAUUAUUGGAAAGCCCCUGCCUUGGAGUUUCCUUCCCAGUUCCCAAUCAGUCAGUCAGUGCCCCCCGACGUUCUGAGUUAGUACUUGGCUUGGCCAAUCCGUUGUCCAUAAGAUUGAUCUUUGACUUCAGUCGAAUUUUGAAUCACAACGUUUUCAUUCUGUUAUCGUAGUACCGAUGAAGCUUUGACCAAAAAGUAAGCCAGAGAUACGGAAAAAAACAUCCUUGGAAACGAAAACUGAUUGAAAUGAAGGCUGUGACGCUUCUGUUGUGCACCUUGCUGCCAUUUUUCUCAAGUGUGCUGUGCCAAGAAGAACUACACUGGGUUUUGCUGGUGGCGGGAUCCAACGGCUACUAUAAUUAUCGACAUCAGGCUGACAUCUGCCAUGCUUACCACGUGGUGCGCAGCCAUGGAAUACCCGAUGAGAGGAUUGUUGUCAUGAUGUACGACGAUAUCGCCAACAAUGAAGAGAAUCCAGUACCUGGGAACAUCAUCAACCGUCCUGAAGGCCCUAAUGUCUACCAAGGCGUGCCCAAAGACUACACAGGCAAAGAAGUAACCCCGGACAUAUUCCUCAAGGUCUUGACCGGUGACUCUGAAGGUGUGAAAGCUGUUCUUGGAAGAGAUGGGAAGGUUAUCAAAAGUGGGCCAAAUGAUCGUGUGUUUGUGAACUUUGCUGACCAUGGAGCCCCAGGCUUUCUAGCUUUUCCAACUGAUAUGCUGAAAGCGCAGGAUCUCCACAAGGCCAUUAAGAGCAUGCACAAAAACAAACAGUACAAACAGAUGGUCUUUUACGUGGAGGCUUGUGAGUCUGGGUCCAUGUUUGAUAACCUCCUGGAAAGUGAUAUCAAUGUGUUUGCUACGACCGCAGCUAAUCCUGAUGAGUCUUCCUAUGCUUGUUACUAUGAUGAUAAAAGACAGACUUACCUUGGAGAUGUUUACAGUGUCAUGUGGAUGGAAGAUUCCGACAAGGAAAAUCUCAAAAGUGAAACUCUUCAGAGCCAGUUCAAGAUUGUGAAAUCAGAAACCAACACCAGUCAUGUCAUGGAGUAUGGGGAUCUGAGUCUUGGCAAACUGAAGGUUGCUGAUUUCCAGGGCAACUACACCAAGAGCUCUCUCCUGUUCACUCCUGACCGUAAGAUGCACCCAACAGCUGAUGCUGUUCCCUCAGAGGAUGUGGCCCUAGAGAUACUGAAGAGAAAAGUGGCCACAGCAUCAGGAGAUGCAGGAAUCCGUCACCGUGCUGCUCUGCAUGGCCUGCUCAAGAAAAAAGAGCAGACUCAAGAGUUCUUCAAAAACGUGGUGGGCCUGGUCACCGAGUCCCAUCUGUACAGCUAUCUGAUCGCUGCUCCUCUCAAGUUCUCAGACUUCAGCUGCUACACAGAGAGCAUCAGGUUGAUCCGUGAGAUGUGCCCCGGGAUGAAUCUGGUACAGAACGAUUACGGCCUGCGUCAGUUGCGCGUGCUGGCCAAUCUGUGUGAGAGUCAGGUCCAGUCAGAGACGAUCUGGGCAGCCAUCGGCAAAGUUUCCUACGAGAGCAACUUCUGCUAUGCCUAGACAGCUCUGUGGACUACAACUUCAACCAAAGGAAGAGGUGUCUGCCAGUCGUCUUUUACUUCAAUGCCAUAUCUCAUUUACACAGUUCUUUUUUAUAUGGGAAAAAACAAAUAUUUAAAUCUCUCUUUAGUUUUAAUGUUGUUAUUUUGGAAAGAUGUUAUUGAAAGAUAGGUAGGUAUGUAAAUGUAGCAAAGAACGGAAAAGUUUUAUAACCCUGUAUACAGUAUUUCCUUUUUGCUCCAAGUAUCAGGCCCACAAUUGUACGUAUAUUUUUAUUCCCUAUAAGAUUCAAACAGCUUUUAUACUAUGUGCUCCACCAAAUGGCUUGAGUGUCUUGCACUCACAGCAUAUUAUGUUUAUGUAUUAAUUUUUGUCUUUUAUGUUUAAAAUCUCAUAUACUACUUUAUCUCUUGUUUGCUCAAGGUCACAAGAAUUCUCUUAUCCAUAGAAUAAGAAUACUUUUUUUGUGGAGAGUGUUAUCGCUUCUUGUAAAAUACAAUCUCUCAAUUUUUACCGUAACAAACAUGUAUACAGUAUGGAAAAGGCUGCUGGUUGUUUCAGGCUUACCAACCUUCCUGAAUUUUUCAGGAAAUUCCAGAAUUGCCAUCAUCGCGCAAUGUCUCCCCCCUCCAAAAAAAAAAUUAUUAUUUUUUCUUAGAAAA